GUAAUAUAUCAUUCUCUUGUACAAUUAGAAACUGGCGGGUUACAAAUCACAAUGUACUUCAAAUUGUUUAUUUUGUUAAUUUCUUUUAUUCUAACUGCUAAUACCGCUCAGCAUCUAACUAAAGACCAAGUUCUAAAACUAGGAUUCGAAAAAGCAAAAGAAUCGUUCCACGUUGCUGAGGGCAAAGGCCUUUCAGAAGCAAAUUUGGUGGCUUUUGUGGGUCCCUCGCAUUCACAAAAAGUACACGAUUUUUUUAAUGAACACAGCUAUUCAAUACAAAAACGAAACGACAUACAACUUCCAUUGUUUGAGUUUAUUAUAUCAGCUUUAAAUUUGGUGGAACCGUUAAGGAAUUCACUCUAUGAAAUGAGGGGAUAAAAUAUGUGUUUACAAUAAUAAUUCAAUGUUAAUGUUAAGAUCAUAUUACUUUAAAAAAUGUAAGCGUUUGAGUAAUUAAAAAAAUGUUUCGUCAUGUUAUAUACUAUACUUAAAACUAUACUUAAAACAAAUUAUGUCUCGUUAUAUAAGAGUAAGUUUAAUACAACUGUAAUACUAUACGAUAAUAAUCCAAUGUUAAUUUUAAGCCUUACACAGUUUUAGUUAAAUAAAUAGUCUUUCCGCAAUAAAUAAAGUUUAUCCUCAUGA